CUUUUACAAUGACUGAUCUUGCAGUAAACUACGAUUAUCUUGAAGCCUCUCUUUGUAAUACCUCUGGAAACGUUCCUCUUGCUGAACGCUUUCGUACCUUGUUUACACUUAAAAAUAUUGCUGACGAUAGAUCUAUUGAAAUUAUUGGCAAAGCCCUCAAGGAUGAUUCUGAAUUAUUAAAGCAUGAACUUGCCUAUUGUCUUGGUCAAAUUGGUAAUCCCAAAGCCAAUCCUGUUCUUAUAAAUGUCCUGGAAGACCUCAACGAACAUGAAAUGGUCCGCCAUGAGGCUGCUGAAGCAUUAGGUGCUAUUGGCUCAUUAGAAUCACUUCCUGUACUUGAAAAAUAUUUAUCAGACAAGAGUGAAGCAGUCGUCGAGACUUGUGAACUUGCUAUUGAUAAAAUCAAGUAUGAUCAUGAUCCUAAGAAUAAGGCAGAAAAAGAAGCCAAUAAGAGCGCCUACCAUUCUGUAGAUCCUGCUCCUCCCACUACAGAAACACGAUCGGUAGAAGAACUUGAGGCACAGUUGAUUAAUCCCAAGUUGAAACUGUUUGUGCGUUAUAGAGCCAUGUUUGCCUUGCGUGAAAUUGGCACAACUGAGGCUGUUCUUGCCUUAGCCAAGGGAUUAAAGGAUAAGAGUGCAUUAUUUAGACACGAAGUUGCUUAUGUAUUUGGUCAAUUACAACAUCCUGCUAGUGUUCCUGCCUUAACGGAAUGUCUUGAGAAUAAAGAUGAAGUACAUAUGGUUCGUCAUGAAGCAGCUGAAGCCUUGGGAUCAAUUGCUACACCAGAAGUAUUACAAGUAUUAGAAGGAUUUAAAAAGGACGAAGAAACAGUUGUACGUGAAAGUUGUGAGGUUGCACUUGAUAUGUACGAAUAUGAAACUAGCGGUGAAUUACAAUAUGCAAAUGGUCUCGAUCAUCCUCAGAAUAUGCAUUCACUUAAACUUGCUCAUUAAGCAACACUUUAUUAUAUUACCUGUACAGUUUAAAAUUCAAGAUUUUGGAAAAAAAUAUUUCUUAUAUUAAAGCACGGCCCAGAGGGCUUUAACCACAUCUUUUGUCUUUGUAAGAGGUAAUUGACCUGAGUUUAUUAGCUGUGCAUAAAAGCCAUAAUGAAUAAAAAAAACUACAUGUCAAGGG